CAAGGCGGUGCUUGUUUCCAGGAAGUAGUACAGCAACGUGACUUUACAUUGCUCCCUGUUGCUGCUAGCCUGUCCGUUUCAAAUUAUAUUUUCAAACAAGUUUAUAUAUAUAUAUAUAAGGAUAUAUAUAUAUAUAUUAGAACAGAAAAUGGGUGAUGAUGAAAAGUAUGACGGGAUGUUGCUUGUUAUGGCACAACAGCACGAAGGAGGUGUACAAGAGUUAGUAAACACGUUUUUCAGCUUCCUCCGGCGUAAAACAGACUUCUUCACGGGUGGCGAGGCAGGUGCACCAGAGAAGCUGGUGAAGGAGUCGUUUGCCCAACACAGCGGUCUUGCCCUGAAGGCCCACAGAGAGAAGGAGAAGAGACAGGAGAAGGAGAAGAGAGAGAAGGCAGAGAGGGCUGCUAAGCUAGCUGAAGAAGAGGAGAAAAAUAAGAUAGCAGACGGCGAGCCCAAAAUCAAAGAACUGACAGACGAAGAGGCAGAGAGACUUCAGUCUGAAAUCGACAAGCAAAAGAAACAAGAGGAGAAGAAAGAGGCCACAAACACAAAUGCAGAAAUUCCACCUGAGAAAGCUGAGAAGGAAGGGAGAGAGAAGGGAGAGAAGGAGACUGAUUCCGAUGGAGAAGAAGAUGAGAAAGACAAGGACAAGAUGAAACCUAAUGCAGGCAAUGGAGCUGACCUGGCCAACUAUCGUUGGACACAAUCCCUGUCUGAAGUGGACCUGAUGGUGCCUUUUGAUGUGAAGUUCCGUAUGAAGGGGAAGGAUGUGGUGGUGGACAUCCAGCGUGGUAUGCUGAAGGUGGGUCUGAAGGGCCAUCCUCCUGUGAUUGAUGGACAGCUCUACAACCACGUCAAGGUGGAGGAGAGCUCCUGGCUCAUUGAGGACGGCAAGGUGGUCACCAUUCACCUGGAGAAGAUCAACAAGAUGGAGUGGUGGAAUAAGAUGGUGACCACGGAUCCAGAACUCAAUACAAAGAAGAUCUGUCCAGAGAACUCGAAGCUGUCAGAUCUGGAUGGGGAGACCCGUGGUAUGGUGGAGAAGAUGAUGUACGAUCAGAGACAGAAGUCCAUGGGUCUACCCACCUCCGAAGAGCAGAAGAAACAAGACAUCCUCAAAAAGUUCAUGUCGCAGCACCCAGAGAUGGACUUCUCUAAAGCCAAGUUCAGCUAAGAGACGUCACUGUCGUUCCCCAGCCAGCCCUCCAUACCCCUCUGCACUCUUACUCUGCCCAGGAAAACGACGACUAUGAAUCCUCAUCAAAACCAACCUCCGGCGCGGAUCUUACAUUUGAAUUGAAUCUCUCUUCUCUUUAUCUGUCUUCAUCACCCUUUCGCUCUCUGUCUUCAUCGCCCUUUCGCUCUCUGUCUUCAUCGCCCUUUCGCUCUCUGUCUUCAUCGCCCUUUCGCUCUCUGUCUUCAUCGCCCUUUCGCUCUCUGUCUUCAUCGCCCUUUUGCUCUCUGUCUUCAUCGCCCUUUUGCUCUCUGUCUUCAUCGCCCUUUCGCUCUCUGUCUUCAUCGCCCUUUUGCUCUCUGUCUUCAUCGCCCUUUCGCUCUCUGUCUUCAUCGCCCUUUCGCUCUCUGUGUCUUCCCAUUUCUGUAGUCCUAAAGUGAUGGGUUCUUAUUUGUCUCAUUCCUGUGACUGACAGAAACUUGACGACUGUAAUAACUCCCAUCUUUGUUGUGUUGCAUUUGUUACUGUGUUCUGGAUGUUUUAAAGAAGUGUUUGGAGUUUUUUUCUUUUAAAAUAAAUGAAUUCAAACCACA